GCCAGAAGCUGGCGCUUCUGGGAAAGCGGGCAAUGAGUCGGUGGAUUUUUAGAGGCCUGAUCGCUAUGCUGUAAAACGUUUUUGUAGCUUAUUUCAUCAAAAUUUUUGUGAUGCCGCUAUAUUCACAGUGUGUACCUUUCUUUCAGAAUCUAUAAGAGAGGAGCAGCGGUGUCCGAUGGAUUGUUGGAAGCUUGCCGGGAGUGUGGAGAACAGUAGGCCGCUUUUUUCCAACGACCCCUCUUACGCAGAAUGGGUGGGAUGCCAUUGCCUAGGAAACGUAAAUAUGGACGCUUAGCUGGGGAAGCUGAGAAGUGCUUACGUGGUGAGGGCAGCACUUUCUGGUUCCCUGUCAGGGCAUCAUUCCGGCCACAGGCAAUUGCACUUUAAUACAGACAUAGGAAAUCAUUCAGGAGGAAUACUUCGGGAAAUUGUUCUCAUUUAGGUGAUUGCCAAUGGUUUGAUCGCAACCAAGAGAGCCAGUGAUUUGGGCUCUGGAGCAGGAGCUGAAUUGGUCCUAUACCUUCAGGAAUGGCUUCUCCAGGGAGAAGAGGAGUGAAGGAUGAAAAGAUUUGACCCUUAUUCAAGAUGGCUGAAAUUGAUGAAAGUCUGAUUUCUGAAAAUUAAGGCUAAGAUCAGUCAUACCUGGAUUGUACUAUUGGACCACCCGGAGGAUACCCCAUCACCACUACCUGCUAGGAUCAGGCCCUGCAUCUCCAGAGCUGGGUUAGAACUGGACUGUCCUUGAGUAGGAGGUGAGGUCGAUGCCACCUUGUGGCCGAAAUUAUGAAGAACUGGGCAACUUGAUGCGCAUAGUAGAGUGUUUACCGACCGCAAAAUCCAGGGGAAUUAUCAGACGGAUAAUAGUAAAUAAGAUUUCUUUGCUUGCAAUCGCACCUCUGCAUAUCGUACUUCCCCUCGGCUGUCGAGCCCCAAACACCUUUGGCUCUCCGAGGCUACCUCUCGGUCAAGGUCAGUAAGGCGCUCACGCACACUGUGACCGCCACUUCCUAGCCGAGAAAAACGGACCCUUGAAAAGUAAGGGCAGUGGACCCAGGACAAGACAUCUCUCUUUUCCUUACUAGAACCAGAAGGCCGAAUUGACCCCAGGGCGUAUUCUUAGCUGCAGAGAGAGGGACCGACUUGAUUUUUGUCCCUUAGCGUAGGUGCUUUACUUUGGGGAGGAGGGGGAGCGCUGUAAAUAGGAGGGGUCCCUCCCCGGGCAGGAAGGGUUAAAACGCGCUCCUGCCGGGGUAUACAGUUACGAAGUCCUGAGGACAACCGAGCCGAUUGUACUUCGAAGACACUUGAAUCGGCAAGCCCCUCCUAAGGGCAGCCUGAGUCCUCUGAGUUAGCACUGGGCAAGCACCGCAGGCUUUUUGACAAGUCUUGACUGCAGUAGGAAAAGUCAGAAUAUGUGUGUGUGCCAUGCCGAAAAGGAAGCCCUAAUGCCCGAUGACUAAAACAAACUGCCAGGAAACCGAAUUGUCAGAAAAGGCUGGCUGCUAAAGACAUUGCAGCUCAGAGUGCUUUUCCGGGCUCUGAGAGUGAAGGGCUGGCUCUCUUGUCAAAAUUCUCCCCGUUGUGGUGGUUCUCUAAUCAAGUUUCCACUUUUGUCUUCAAACCAGGAAAAAAAAAAGUUUCCAAGAGACAUAGGACUCUUACGGCUUUGCAUUGCUAAGAAAGACAUCCUACUUGUCUUUUGAAAGCCCAGCUGAUCAUUGAACAACUCUUUAAGUCUUACAGCUUGUGUUUGUAUAUAUAUACAUAUAUAUAUAAAUAUCCCUUAUAUAUAUUUUUCAAAGACUAAGUCAGUGUAGUGUAAAAUCAGACAGGUCCUUCCAAGGUAGAAAGGCUUGAGGUCCCAGCCCUGGACUCUGGAUCUCUCUUAGGGGGACCAGCUUAUCUAACUAACAGAAUUCAUAAAGGCUCUUCAACAGAAGGUUCAUGACCCCAGGGUGAUGACCUUUCUUAUCCAAAGCAUCUCAUGAUAUUCAUUAAUAACGCAUGGAGGAACUUCACUUUGUGCUCACCUGGAAAAAGCUCCCAUCUUUGAUGUACUGAAGAUUUUCAGUCCCCACAGAUGAUCUGGGGAAUGGUAAUCACUUAACCAAGCAACAAGAGACUCCUUAUGCUGCGACGACUCUUCGCUGUCUCCGCUCCUGGAGAGCGCGGGAGCGAAGGCGCAUCGGCCACUCUGGAUCCGGUACCCGGGCAGCUGGAAGACCUCGCGAGCGGCUGGGGGCGCUUCGAGGUACAGUCUCCUGGCUACGCCAUGGAUCUAGAACCCGAAGACUAUGAUAACCGAACUCUCACAAGUGAGAACGGCACCGAGAUGGCCACAGCAUCCUAUGAUCCUGAUUGGGGUGGUGGUGAUAAUAAGACUCGCCUCGAUGAUGUGCAGGUCUUUGUGAUUGGGCUUUACUCCACCAUAAGUUUGCUUGGGUUCAUGGGAAACAUGCUUAUCCUUAUGGCUCUUAUGAAAAAGUGCAAACAAAAGACGAUUGUAAACUUUUUCAUUGGAAACCUGGCCUUCUCUGAUAUCUUGGUCGUGCUAUUUUGUUCACCUUUCACGCUGUCUGCCCUCCUGCUAGACCAGUGGGUGCUCGGUGAACUCAUGUGCCGUCUUAUGCCUUUUCUCCAAUGUACAUCGGUGCUGGUUUCAACUUUAAUCUUAAUCUCAAUUGCUAUUGUCAGGUACCAAAGGAUAAAAUAUCCCCUUUCCAAAAGUUUGACCAUCAGACAAGGCUGUUAUUUGGUUGGCCUUUCUUGGGCCAUUGGCUUUGUGAUUUGUUCCCCUCUUCCCAUCUUCUACAGGCUUGUAGAACCCAAUGGGAAUAAUGGUACAAAUACCACUGACCCUAAGUAUGUGUGCAUUGAGAAUUGGCCAAAAGAGUCGUAUAGAAUUGCUUUUUCUCUGUGUUUGCUGGUGGUUCAGUACAUACUGCCCUUGAUUUGCUUGAUUGUGAGUCAUACUAGUGUUUGCCGGAGCAUUACUUGCAAGAUGUCUACUAGGGAGAUGAAGAAGAGGCUCGAGGAGAAGGAGAAGAGGGAGAGGAAGGAGAAGAAGGAGAAGGAGAAGAAGGAGAAGAAGGAGAGGAAGGAACGAGAGAAGAGGGAAAAGAAGGGGAAGAAGGAUAUGGUUGAGACAUUGGAGAUGAAGGAUAUGAGGGAGACCAAAGAGAUGAUGGGCCGAGACAUGAGGGAUCCGAGUGACAUGGAGGAUGACUAUGAUGAUGACUUGGAUGAUAUAGACGACCUAGAAGGCACCAUGGACAUGAAGGACAUAAUGGAAUUGAGAGAGCUGAAGCGAGAGCUGAGAGAGAGGAGAGAUAGGCGAGAGAGGAUGGGCAGGAGAGGACGGAGGAAAAUGAGAGAAAUGCUGGAAGUGAAAGAACUAGAAGACAUGGAUGACGUCCAACAAGUGAUGGACUUGACUGAAAUGAUUGAGAUGAGAGAAAUUACCACCCCGAGGAAUGUGAGGGAUAUGAGAGAUGUGAAGGAUGCAGAGGAAAUAGAAGACAUGAUAGAAACGAGAGAGGUGAGGGAUGUGAGAGUCAUGGAAUAUAUAGAGGACAUGAGUGACACAAUGGAAAUGAGAGAGAUGAGGGACCCGAGAGAGAUGAGGGACCCAAGAGAGAUGAGGGACAUGAGGGACCCGAGAGAGAUGAGGGGCAGGAGAGACAUGCGGGACCCGAGAGAGAUGAGGGAUACGAAGGAAAGGAGGGGAAGAAGCUGGAAAAGGGGAAGGAGGGGAAAGAAGGGGAUGAGGGAAAUGGACAUUGAAGAAAUUGAAGAGAUUGAAGAGUUGGGUUCGAUGUAUGGGAUGUAUGAGAUGGAGGAGAUGGAAGAGAUGAAUGAGCUGGGUGAGCUGAAUGACCCAAAUACUGGAGACGAUGAUUUGGAAGACAUGCAAGGUUACGCGGCCAAGAACAGUGGACACCACAUUCAGCUCCCCAAGUUCCAAAGAUGGAGCUAUACACUAAGCCGAAAACACCGCAAAUCCAACAAGAAGUCAUGCGUCGUACCUGUUUUGCGACAUCCUCCUCCUCCUCCCGAGGUACCACCCAAAGAGAUCGAAGAAGAAGAAGAAGAAGCAGCAGAACCUGAGAGAACCAAGCUGACCAAUGCCAGUAAGAUCAUACCUGGGGUGCCCAUCUGCUUUGUGAUUAAACCUGAAGAAAAGCAGCUUGAAGAGCCGGAAAUGUUGACCAUAUCCCGCUCCAUCUCGAGGAUCAGAAAGCGAUCUCGCCGAGUCGUCUAUCGUUUAACCAUUCUGAUAAUCGUGUUUGCUGUCAGCUGGAUGCCUCUGCAUCUUUUCCAUGUUGUUACUGAUUUUAAUGCUGGCCUUCUAUCUAAUAGGCAUUUCCGAUUAGUGUAUUGUAUUUGUCAUUUGCUUGGUAUGUUGUCUUGUUGCCUUAAUCCUGUUCUAUAUGGGUUCCUUAACAAUGGCAUAAAAGCAGAUUUGAUGGCUCUUCUGCGCUGUGCUUAAAAUCUGCUAUGUUUAGAAUCUGCCAUUCUAAAGAUUGAUUAAGGAACAAGCUCCGCUUCUCUAAAAUAUACAUAUAUAUAUAUAUUUAUGGCUGCUUUACAACAAAUAUAUUUUAUUGCAUGCAGAUUUAUUUAUGCAGGAGAAAAAGAUGCUCUGGAUAUGAAUUUAUUGGUGCCUAAUGAGUAAAAGAUCAUUUAUUGACCCGCUAUAUAAUAUGACCAUUUCAUGUAGAUAUUGUGUGACAGAAUCGUGAAUGUCAAUCAAACUGCAACUUCAUUGUAAAAUGUUGUCCUAUCGUGUAUUAUUUCAUCUGUACCUCACAAGCGCUGAAUAUUGUCAUCAUCCCAGGCUUGGAGAAGAAAGAAACCUGCAAAAUAUUUAAUGGACAAAACGUGAAUUUAUUAUUAUUGUGAUGUUUAAAUAAGACUUCUUGUUUGUGUAUUUCUUGAUGUAACAACUAAAGAUUGUGUGUUUUUGUGUCUAUUCUGUGAAAAUGCAUAAACUAUUCAACUCUUGCCAGUUGAAUCAUAGCCAAAUGAGACGUCCAUUCUUUACGAGAUGGUACAUUGUCUUGACUGUUAGGGGAUAUUGUGGAAACUCCUAAAAGGAAAAAAAAAUGUUUUCCAUCCCUAGAAUUGUGCUUUUAAGAGAUGGUACAUUGUAUUGACUGUUUGGGGACAUUGUGAAAACUCCUAAAAGGAAAAAAAAUUGUUUCCCCCCCUUAGAGUUAUGGUUUAAGUGAUGGUACAUUGUAUUGAGAGUUAGGGGACACUUGUGGAAACACCUAAAUGGAAAAAAAAUGUUUCCCCCCUAGAGUUCUAUUUGUGUCAGAUGGUUAAUUUGACCUUAUGUUCUAAUGAUGUAACCUAAAGAUGGACUAAAAAGUCUCUGGCUAUAUAUCUGUACAGAAAUAUACUAUUAAAUGUUACUGCAAUGAA